UUGAGAGCCGUGGUGUAAUAACACGAUAACAAUAUAAAACGCUGUGACACUUGUGUCUGUCAGGUAUCGACCGUGUAAAAGGCACAAGACCUUCACCAUGUUUUCCGAGAGCAACAGGAAAGAUCUUGAGACCAAGGGCUACGCUGUCAUUCAGGAUGUUCUGACAACCGAACAGGCCGACAAAUACAGAGGCAUGUACGAUGAUUGGUUGAAUGGGUUUGAAGGGGCGUGGCCUCCGACCACUAAAUCCCUGAUACAGAAAUUCAAAGUCGGUCAUAUGGAGCCAACAUGGGCAGUGCGCAUGAAAGCAAAACCAGUCUUCGCCCAAAUAUGGGGAACUGAGAAGUUAUUGACAAGUUUUGAUGGAAUCGCUAUCGGGCGUCCUCCAGAAGAUGGGGAGGAGGAUUUCUACAUUCCAAGUCAGGACUGGCUCCACGUAGACCAGGACUCUUCGAGGAUGGGGCUCCAUGGAUACCAAGGAGCUGUGUACCUUGAGCACUGUGCGCAGGAUGACUGGACAUUUGAGGUCAUUGAAGGGUCUCAUCAUUUCUUUGAUAGAUAUUAUGAAGAAUGUGACUAUGCCGUCGAACAACGUAAAGCAAAUCCAACAUGGCGUGUCCGAAACUUCCGGUCUGAUGACGUCGAGUGGUUUAAAGAACGUUGUAACUGUCUUCGAAAACGAAUUCCGGUUCCGAAGGGGGGAAUGGUAGUGUGGGAUUCCAGGCUUAUCCAUGCAAAUACUCGGCCCUUAAUUCGUCGAAAGAAUCCCGGUAGAUGGCGCUUUGUGGUGUUUGUUUGCAUGGCGCCCGCAGUAUGGGCAGACGAAGUGUCGCUUCAAAAGAAGCAGAGAGCUUACAAGGAAAUGCUGCUCACAAAACACUGGCCAUGCAAUGGUAUCAGCUACUUCAGAGAAAGAGCCCCAAGACUAAGAGAGAUGAGCAUCAAAAUUGUAUCUGAGCUGCCACCAUCCGCAACUACUGUAGAAGCUCAGCAAUUGGCUGGAGUUCUACCUUAUGAGCCUUCUGAUGAGGACGAGGAAUUCCUGAGCAGAAUGCCAAAAUGGCGUCCUUUCGCGGGUGCGGAAACUUCCGAUUCAAAGUGACUGGGUUGAAUUUUACCCAAACUUUCAUUUAUUCUUUCUCUGCACACGUGUCGGUCAGAGGCCCGUGGUAAAUGUCGGUAAUUAUGCAGUUUUAUAACAUAAGGGUACAAAAGUAAGCCUGUUCACAUAGAUCAUUGUCUUUCAUAAUUACUGUAAAAAAGGUGCAUCGGACAAUUUACACCGCGACAUUUCUUGUAAUGUAAUACUUUUUCAAGGCCAUAUUUUAUUAUAAAGCAUAAUGGAUUUUUGGAGGGUAUGAUAGGCAUGAUAUGUUGAAGGUAUAUAACGUUUAUCAUACAUCUUACGCACUCAAGUAUGAUACAUUCGUUCUCAAUGUAACCUGUGUAAAUCGUGGCAAAAUUUUUGCUCUCUUGGCGGUUUAUACUACAUGUAUCUUCCCAUUUCCCGUAUGAGAUCAACAGCGAUACUGAGCUGACACACAUGAAAAAAUAUCUAUUGCCGUAAGAGAGAGACAUGAAGCUCUGCAGUUUACCCGUUUCAUCAAUACAGUGGACAUUGCAUGGUGGGGGAUACCAAGAAUUGACUUUGUGUCCAUCAAGGUAAAAGAAACGUUGACCUUCAGGUUGAGGCUACAACUAUGUUAUACCGUUACGGGUGUUAAAGUAUGUGAUUCAUCAUCAUCCAUCUGUUAACAGUAUGUAUGAUCUACUUUGGUUCGGUAUGAGUCCUUACAGGGGACGGGGCGGUGGGGUAGUUUAGUGGUUAAAGCGUUGGCUCGUCGCGCCAAAGACCCGGGUUCGAAUCCCCACAUGGGUACAAUGAGUGAAGCCCAUUUCUGGUGUCCCCCGCCGUGAUAUUGCUGGAAUAUUGCUAAAAGCGGCGUAAAACCAAACUCAGUCAGUCACUAGUCAGCCUUACAGGGGACGGAUACUUAUUUCAAGGUCCAAACAAGUGCAAUAAGAGUACACCUAUCAACUGUGAAAAAAUAUUGCAUAGGAAAUCCAUAGGAAUGUACAUUAUACAUCUUAUGCCAUGGAAAUAAUAUAAAAGAAUUGUUUAAUGUUUU